ACUACGCUUGCGCUGCACUGUCCAGGUCACAGACAGAAAGUAUUCAUUAUCAUCGUUCAUUAAUCAGUACGCCUGCAUCAGUUCAUCAUGUCUCAUGUGAUGUCUCAUCGCGGAAACGUGAAAACUGGAAACUGGUAUGAGGAGCUGCGCUUAAGAGAGGAUGAGAAGAAAGAGUAUCUGGAGGAAAAAGAAAGGGGUGAACUUUUCUACCAGAAGGAAGACUUCCUCAAACAGAACAUGCUGAGUCCGGUUGAUCUCUCUGUGACAACGGACGGAUCGUUGCACUUUGGGGAUGUCGUGGUGUUGGUGAAUCUAGGAGGAGAAAACAGGGAGUGCAGCGCAAUAAGCAUUAAUGCAGACAUUAAUAGUGUGACUAAAACUCCUUUCCCUGGCAUUAAAGCCCCUUGUGGAGUCAAUGCAGGAAGAGACAUUCAGGCCUGCACGCGCACUGCCUUCAUCCUUACCAGUGUGGAUGGCAGUCCUGAUGGAUCGACUCUGAAUUAUGAGCAAAGUUUUGCCCUGAAAACAACAUGUGGCUUUGCCAGAGGGCUUUACCUGAUGAGUGACCUGCAAAGUUUUCAAAAGUGUGCAAAGAACUCCCGUCUACAAGAAGUAAACUUGGAUGAAGGCUGUUCCUUUCUUUCAUGGUGGAAGAUAGAGCACUUUGACCCCCAGGAGAGGCUCGAAUAUGAGGGUCAACGUGUCCCUGCUAAUCAGAAGGUGGUUAUAAAACACUGCAAGACAAACAAGGCACUUGCAGCUCUGGGUGAUCAAGUCCUCUGGACAGCAUUCGGUAAAGAGUAUGAGGUUACAGCUCACACCUUCUUGGACUCUCACAAAGCGGAAAAGGACAGCAACCACUGGAUACUGUGCACCUCUGACCCUGCAGGGAGUGGACUUUUACUUCUCAACCACCCGCUGUCAGCGGCCAAUAACCAGGAGCUCACACACGCAAAACCCUGACAUCUAAAAUCUAACACAACCAACACGCAUGCUCUAACGAAAAGGACAACACCACAUUAUAAACAUCUAUUUGUCUUUAAAUAAAGCUGUUUUCUUUUUUUG